AUGAUCUACGACGGCUGGCAGUUCUUCGGGCUAUUCGGGCUGUCGAACCGCGCGUCGUCGAUGAUCGGCCCGAACGUGGUCCAGGCCAUCAUCGACGACACGGGCGACAACUGGAAGGGCUUCCCGUUCCUCUUCGCGCUGUGCACCGCCGCUAGCCUCGUCAUCUGGUUCGGGGUGGACGUGACGAGGGGACGGCGCGAUGCGGUCGCGUGGGCGGGGCGGCAUCGCUCGUAUGCGGACACGGGCGUGCUCAGGGCGGACGACGACUCGGUCGACGAGCGGUCGGAGAACGCGAAGAGGGCGUGA